CCGCGCGUGCGCAGAGCGGGCCGGUGGUGGCGGCGCCGGCGCUGCCGGGAUGGCGUUCACGUUGUACUCGCUGCUGCAGGCCGCGCUGCUGCUCGUCAACGCCGUCGCGGUGCUGCACGAGGAGCGCUUCCUCCGCAGGAUUGGCUGGGGAACUGAUCAGGGCAUUGGAGGAUUUGGAGAAGAGCCUGGAAUUAAGGGGCAAUUGAUGAAUCUGAUCCGAUCUGUACGGACGGUUAUGAGAGUGCCAUUAAUUGGAGUGAACACAGUUACAAUUGUGCUGUUGUUGUUAUUUGGUUGAAUUUGUCUUCAAAAGAUCUGGAUAGCAUCUAAAGCAAACAGGCUGCAGACCCAUUUGCCCUUGGAAUCCCAUCCGAUGGAGCUGCUGAAGCUGCGUAUUUGUCUCAAUAAAGAUAACCAUUUAUAUUUAUUGUA